CACCAAUAACUCAAGCUAAAAGAAAACUUUAUGUUCUCUACUUCUUAAUUUCCUUUUCCACUUAGCCAAAAACAAAAGGAAAACGAUCAUGAAGGUGAAAAUAGAAAGUUCAAGAAUCAUUAAGCCUUCCUAUGAACAUACCCCUCCUCCAACAACAAGCCACAUUCCCCUUAGUGUCUUUGAUAAGAUCACAUAUGAGGCUCAAAUUGCUUGCAUAUACGCCUAUCGCCCUCCCACCCCACCAAAUACCGUUAUUGAAUUGGGUCUUCGAAAAGCCUUAGCUAUUUAUCGAGAGUGGGCUGGAAGAUUAGGCAAAGACGAACAUGGAAAUUCAGUAAUUCUCCUGAACGAUGAGGGUGUUAGAUUCGUCGAGGCAUCGGCCAGUAACACCCUUGAUCAAGUAAUGCCCUUCAAACCUUCACCAUAUUUGCUCAACCUACACCCUAGCUUGAAUGAUGUGAAAGAAUUGGUGCAAGUCCAAGUAACUAGGUUCACUUGUGGCUCCUUGGUGGUUGGCUUUACCGCGCACCACACAGUGGGAGAUGGCCAUUCCACUAGCAAUUUCUUGGUUGCAUGGGGCCAAGCUUGUCGAGGCCUCAAAAUCAAUCCACUUCCUCUUCAUGACCGUACAAUUUUUACCCCUCGAGAUCCUCCUCUCGUCGAGUAUCAGCAUAAGGGGGUUGAAUACAUGUCUAAGUCAAAAAAAGAGCAGUCAUUCAUUGAGGUUCAUGAUAUAUCAGAAGAUGUGGUUGUACACAAAGUUCAUUUCACAGUUGAGUUUCUCGCAAAGCUUAAAGCCAAGGCUUCUUCCAUGAAUGGCAAUAACAAGCCUUAUAGCACAUUCGAAAGUCUCCUUGCGCAUUUAUGGAGGGCCAUAACCAAAGCUCGUGGACUAAGUGGAUUCGAGACUACCCAAAUAAGAAUUUCUGUCAAUGGCAGAAUGAGGCUGACUCCAAGAGUACCCAAUGAGUACUUUGGGAACCUAGUCCUUUGGGCAUUCCCAACAACAAAAGUGAAGGACCUUCUGCGAGAGCCUCUUCCAUAUGCAACAAAGCUCAUUCAUGAUGCUGUUACAGAGGUAAACAACAACUAUUUUAGAUCCUUCAUUGACUUUGCCAAUACCAAAGCGAAGGAAGAAGACCUUGUCCCCACAGCGGACAUGAACAAGCACAUUCUUUGCCCUAAUAUCGAAGUGGACAGUUGGUUAAGAUUUCCAUUCUAUGACUUAGAUUUUGGGACCGGUUGCCCUUACAUUUUCAUGCCUUCUUAUUUUCCAACAGAAGGCAUGAUGUUUCUUUUACCAUCCUUCAUCGGAGAUGGAAGUAUCGAUGCCUUCGUUCCUCUAUUCGAAGACAAGUUGCCCGCCUUCAAGAAAAUUUGCUAUUCCUUGGACUUGCUUGCAGAUUAAAAACUUCAAAUCUGCUCUUACUUUUAAAAAAUAAUAAUUAGUCGUCUUCAUCAAAAUAAAUAUCAAUUUUGUCACACAAAGGAAUCGUUAAUUUCCUAUGGUUAGCCUUCUAAUUCCCUACUUGUAACAAUUUUUGUAUGCAUACCAGCAUAUGAAUAUUAAUUAAAUACAGAGAUGUAUUAUUUUCACAAUGGCACGUACUGUCAAUGAUCCUUCUUUUUUUGCUGUUCUA